UUUGUGGGUGGGAUUGACACAACUGCGAGUAUGUUGGAGUGGGCGAUGGCAGAAUUACUUCACAAUCCUAAAAAGUUGGCGAAAGCCCGAAUUGAGCUCCAAGAAACCCUUGAUGAAGAUGGACAAAUUCAAGAAUCAGACAUUUCGAAGCUCCCUUACCUACAAGCAAUGGUGAAAGAAACCUUGCGACUGCAUCCUCCAGGCCCCCUUUUAGUUCCUCGUAAAGCUAUGCGUGACGUAGAAAUAUGUGGCUUCAAAGUCCCCAAGAAUGCUCAAAUACUAGUUAAUGUGUGGGCAAUUAGUCGAGAUCCCAACUCAUGGUCCAACCCAAAUUCAUUCUAUCCUGAAAGAUUCUUGGAAAGUAAGAUUGAUUUUAAAGGACGGGAUUUCGAGUUUCUACCUUUCGGUGCCGGAAGGAGGAUUUGUCCUGGAUUAUCAUUGGCUCAUCGAAUGAUGCAUACCAUCUUGGCUACUUUUAUUCACUUUGAUUGGAAGCUCGAUGGAGGUAUGAAACCAAAAGACAUGAACAUGAAUGAAAAGAAUGAUUUCAUCUUUGUGAAGAGAGCCGAACCUCUUUGGGCUAUCCCAGUCAAAGCUUGA